UAGGGUUCUUUCUUGGAGGGGAUUUAGGUUUUUAAUUGCCCGCGUGAUCGAUGCGGCUUGCCGGCGGAGAAGGCUCAGAAAUCCCCAUUACCUUGUGCAGCUCCAGAACGCCGAUCAAGGCCGCCCCCAGCGCCGUCUCCUUGACAACGAAAGCUUUCGGGCCGUGCGGGAUGUCCUUGGCAGCGAUGUCUGCGACAUGGAUCUCGUCCACGCGCUACACUUGGCGAGGAACGAUUUGCAAGUGGCCGUGCUCGACACUCCGGGUUUUAGAAAUAGGAAGAGGCUCCAGGCGAGGAACGAUUUGCAAGUGGCCGCCCACAUUGUGCUCGACACUCCUGCAAAAAACUCCUGCAAAAGCUGAGGCUUCUAGGACAGCAAAAAUUUCCGAGGUGAGCAAUGAUAGUGGAGCAGAGGAUUUAUAUGAUUCGGGAGUAGAAAGUGGAGCAAUCGAUGGUGGGGAAGAAGAGGUAAACAAGAUUAUGACUGGAGGAGGAAACGAUGCCGAGGUGGAAAGAACAACAGUGGUGGAGAGCUCCAUUGAGACUGUCAGGAAACAUGGCGAGGCUGUUUCUAGCGCCUUAGCUGGACUUUCAAUCAGAGGUAGUGCCUUGACCCACGGUAAUCCCGUUAAGAUGGAAGCUGGCUGUGAUUCCGUGAAAGCUGAAGCUUCGGUUUCGAUCGCAGCUGGAUGUGAUCCUACGAAAGUAGAUGGCUUGGUGAAGAUGGAAGCUGGUUGUUUUAGAUGCAGAGAGGUGGUGGCUUCUCCAAGAGACUGAAGUUGCCGGGUACUCGACGUCCAGGGGAUGCCGGAUUCGAGUUGGCGAGUUCGUGUCCUUCAAUUUUCCCAAGCCUGAAGCCGAAAGUAAGAAGAAGUUCUUUGAGCACAAGAAGGUUCGGCCGAAAGCAAGCUCCGACAUUGUAAGGUUCUUGACAAAAGCUUCAGGAGAGAGAGGACGGCUUCCAGCCGACUGGUGAUACCUUUGGGAAGUGCAAAAUGGCACCAGAGGCUCUUUCUCUUAUGAGCAGCAUAGUUCUCCAUUUGAGAGUUUAUAUCAACAAGUCAGAAGCCUUACGAAGAGGGGGAUGAGCGCGGAUUGAAGCUUCUGCAAGCUAUCUUGAAGCCGUUAAUGCUUCGAAGAACAAAAGAUUCAACUGAUAAAGAAGGAAGACCAAUCUUGUUCUCCAACCGGCUCAAUAUGAAGUUAUUGUAUCCAUAUCCAUAGCUAUCAUGCAGGCGUUCCUGUACGAAAUAGGAACUCAUAACUGUACCAACAAGUAAUCGGUUUCGAAUAAAUGUCGAGGAGCA